AUGUCUACCACAAAUAAUAGUAAUAUUAAUAGAGAAAACUCUACUACUUUCUCUGAUUCAGAUUAUAAUAGUGCUGCAUACAAUGCUUAUCGUCCAACGUAUCCAUCUCGCCUCUUUUCAAAAAUUUAUGAUUACCAUGCUUCACAUUCGCCAUCUUUUUCAACUGCAUUAGACGUUGCAACUGGCACUGGCUACAUUGCCAAAGAGCUAUCAAAAAAAUUUCAACAAGUGUAUGCCACUGAUAUCUCACAAGUUAUGCUUUCUUCUGCUUCUCGCUCUUCAAACAUUCAAUAUUCUGUUAGCGCAGCCGAAGAUUUUUCUCAAUUCCAAGAUUCGACAUUUGACUUAGUUACAGUGGGUCAGGCACUUCACUGGUUCGAUAGAGAAAAGUUUUUUAAGGAGGCAUGGAGAGUUUUGAAACAAAGUGGAACAUUGGCUAUUUGGGCUUAUUCGCACCAUGUUGUCAAUGGAUAUCCAGCUGCCACGAAAAAAUUUAUGAAACUUAUAGUAGAGACAUUUGGUGACUAUUGGAAUCCUGGAAAUUCUGAAAAGUUAUCGUUAGAUAAUUUGUAUAGAGAUAUUGUGUUCCCUGAUGAAUUGUUCAGAAAUAUUAUUUGGGAAAGGUAUGAAUUUGAUGAGAAGGCAGGACAAAUAAUUAAUGAUGAAAGUCUUUUAAAUGAAGAAUGGAGUGUUGUGCGAUUGAAAAAUUAUAUGAAGACAUGGAGUGCCUACAAGAAUUAUAUGUCUAAGUAUCAAAAAGAAAACCAAAAAGUAGAAGAUCCAAUUGACAAGUUGUUUGAGGAACUUAAGAAGGAGGAAGGAUGGAAAGAUGACCAGAUUUUAAAAAUUUCCUGGCUUUUUGUCCUUUCCUUGGUUGAAAAAAA